AUCCGCUUUCACCCAGGCAGUGACUGGAUCCUGGAGUAGUAGUAGGAGGAGGAGGAGGAGGGGGUUCGGGGGCAAGAUGGUCCCCCUGGAGAAAAGUGGGGUCUCCAGUUAAAGGGGCAAGUCCUCCCACCCCCUUGUUAAAGGCACCAACUGAUUACUUUUUUUUGGCCAGCUUAAAAAAACGGUUUGCCUCUGGAUUUAAUUUCUUUGAUUUUUCUUUUUCCUCUUUCAUCUCUGGGGACUUGUGCCCAGACACACACACGUACACACCGCCGCCACCACCCCUUCUUCUACCCAACCUCGCCCUCAACCACAACACACCCCACCCCCCCCAACUCCACGCCACCCCUCGCCCUCCACCGUCAACAGCCAUGAAAACUGCUGGGGUGAAAGGAGAAGAGGAGGAGGAGGAGGAGGACGAGAACGGUAACGGAGUGGGCUUGGCUUACCCGGACUGGGCCUACAAGCCUGACUCCAGCCCGGGGAGUCGCCAGGUGCAGCUCUGGCACUUCAUCCUGGACCUGCUGAGGAAAGAGGAAUAUCGAGAAGUCAUUGCCUGGCAAGGAGAUUAUGGAGAGUUUGUCAUCAAGGACCCAGAUGAGGUCGCUCGGCUCUGGGGAAGGAGGAAAUGUAAACCUCAGAUGAACUAUGACAAGCUCAGUCGGGCCCUUAGGUAUUACUACAACAAGAGAAUUCUCCACAAAACCAAAGGGAAACGAUUUACUUAUAAGUUUAACUUCAAUAAAAUGCUGAUGGUGAACUAUCCCUUCAUCGAUGUACGAGGAUCUGGUGCCGUUCCUCAGAGUGCUCCCCCGAUUCCCACCGGCUCCUCCCUGUUCCACUUCCCAGGCCCAGAGCCUGGGUCCCCGGGUUGUUGCAGUGGGAAUGUCACUCCCCGAGGCCGUGGGCCCCCAAUCUCUGUGGUUGCGGAUCAGGAGGGAUCAGACAGCAGGGCUCGCUUCCCGUCAGGCAGCCUCCCCAUCCGCCUGUACCCGGAUCCAGGCAGCCCCUUCUCACCAGGUCCCCUUCCAGCUCUGGCCCCAGGCUUCAGCCUGAGCCCUGGUCCAGGCCCAUGCCCCGGGGGCCGCUUUAGCUUCAACCCCGAGGAGAUGAGCCUGUGGCUUCAGGCCCACGCCCGCUCUGUUUACCACUACCACCUGAGCCCCCGCUCCUUCCCCUUUCCCCGCUACCCAGCUCCUGCCCCCGCCACCGAUGAUGAACCCCCUGCCCCCAGCAUCAGGCUACAGGCCCCGCCGCCAGGCCGCAAGCCCCGGGCCGAGCCCCAGGGGCCGCAUUUCGCCAGGCCGGCACCGCCUCCGACAGCAGAACAGCCAACUGGCUCCAGCCCCGGGAUAGGGGCCGGGGUCUGUCCUCGGGGAGGCCGGGGGUCUGAGCACAGUAGCUCCAUGCCCCUCAAACUGCGCUUCAAGAGGCGCUGGGUGAGCGAGAAUGGUGUGGAGACGGCCCCAGGCCUGGGACCAGCCCCCUCCUCCUCCUCCUCCUCCUUCUGCCCUCCUGCCUCUGAGGGAGCUGUUCCCACAGGCUCUGAGGAGGAAGAUGGGCAGUGCAGGCUGAAGCCAGGCCGCUCCGGGGGCCUCACAGACUGAGAGUGGGGGAGAGAGAGAGAGAGAGAGAGAGAGACCGGCGAAACAGUAAGGGCGACUCCUCAAGAUCAUCAAUGUCCCCCUGAGCAGGUCUUCUACAGACAACAUCUCACCUUCUGUCCUCAUGACCCUUCCUCCUUUUCCCCCCCCACCCCCGCCCCUCAUCGCACCUCCCCUCCCCUUGCUCGCUCUCCCCCGCCCCGCCCCACACCUCCCCUCCCCUUGCUCGCUCUCCCCAGCCCCGCAACUCCCCUCCCCUUGCUCGCUCGCCCCUUUACUCACGCCCUUCCUGCUUUACUCACCCCCGUGACUCCCCUCUCUUUCCCCCACACUAUUUACUUUCCUCCUUCCUUUAUUCUUCCUCCUUCCUUUACUCACUGACGUAACUCCUCAUGCCCCCACUUUCUCCACUCCUCCUUAACUCUUUCACUUCCCACCCUCGCCCUACUCGCUCCCUCUCCUCACUCUUCAUAAACACACCCCUCACUCCUCUCAUGCCCCUUACAUCUUCCUCUCCUCCCUUUCUUUCCUUAUUCCUCAUCCCCCUCAUUCCCUUUGCACCAUCUUCUCACUCCGUCCCCACUAACCUCACCCCUUCCACAGACCCUUCCUUCCUCCCUUGUAUUCCCUUCUCUGUCUACUCCCCUCGCUCUGCCCCCUCAACACCUCACCUUGCUAGUGUGUGGAAAUGGAGGCGUUGGUGGAUGAGAGGGUUAAUCCCCCUCUGAUCGGGGAACAGACUGCCCAGUGUGUGUAAAUGGAGAGGGUGUGUGUGAGGGGGUUAAUCCCCCUCCGAUAGGGGAACAGACUGCCCGGUGUGUGUAAAUGGGGAGGGUGUGUGUGAGGGGGUUAAUCCCCCUCCGAUAGGGGAACAGACUGCCCGGUGUGUGUAAAUGGAGAGGGGGUGUGUGAGGGGGUUAAUCCCCCUCCGUUAAGGGCACAGACUGCCUGGUGUGUGUAAAUGUGGAGGGGGUUACUCCCCCUUGAUAAGGGCACAGACUGCCUGGUGUGUGUAAAUGGGGAGGGGCUGUGUGAGAGGGUUACUCCCCCUCCGAUAGGGGAACAGACUGCCCGGUGUGUGUAAAUGGGGAGGGGGUGUGUGAGGGGGUUAAUCCCCCUCCGAUAGGGGAACAGACUGCCCGGUGUGUGUAAAUGGGGAGGGGGUGUGUGAGGGGGUUAAUCCCCCUCGGAUAGGGGAACAGACUGCCCGGUGUGUGUAAAUGUUUGAUAUGAAGUGUGUGAUGUGUUUAACUGAUGUUUCAUACCAUUUGGUGCCUGCAAAUGUAUUUCUCUGAACUGUAAUUAAAUAAGAUAUAUACUUUGAUUGUGCAAGAUGUUCACUAUAUAUUUUUCCGAAAGUAUCUUCAGAAUAAAUUUACCUCAAUAUUAAAG